UGAGCAGAUUGAUAAUCGAUUCACUCAUAUCUCUGUUUGAUAUCUUUUUUAAUUUUUAUCCGUUUGAAAAAAUAAUCAAAUAACAAAAUAUAAAAUUCCGAUAAGUGAAGAAAUUUAGUCGAAAUUGAAAUUCUCAAAAAAAUAUUUAGUCAAUUGUUAUUGUAUUGUAAAUAUUCUUAUGAAAUUAUUAGGAAGGCAGUGUAUUGUUUUUUGCUGAAGGAGAAACUAACCUAUAAAUUUCUUCUGCUUUUGAAAUUACAUAACCUAAACAAAAAUCUAACCUAAAUCAUAUUUUAUCAUUUGUCUAUUGUUUAGAAACUUGUUUAAUAGUUUUUUUGAAUCUAUUUCUCUUUUUUAAAUUAUGUAAGUUGUUGCCACAUUCGAAUGGAAUAUAGUAAAUUUGAAAUUAUGAAAGAUCGUCAAGACAUAGUGAAUCUAUUUCAAGAGAAACCUCUAGUUCACGUAGCUGCUCCAAUGGUUCGUUAUAGCAAGCUGCAAUUCCGCACUUUGGUUCGCAAAUAUGGAUGUGAUCUGUGCUUUUCACCGAUGAUAGUAGCUGAUUCGUUUGUUAAAUCGAUAAAAGCCAGAGAUGUAGAAUUCACCACUAAUGAAAGAGACUCUCCCUUGUCCGUCCAGUUUGCUGCUAACAAUGCGAAUGAUUUUGUAGAUGCUGCUGAGUUGGUUGCCCCAUUCUGCGACGGAGUGGACUUGAACUGUGGAUGUCCGCAGCGGUGGGCGAUGAAGGAGGGCUUUGGCGCCGAUCUUCUGAGCAAGCCACACAUCAUCCACGACAUUGUGCGUCAGCUCAGAAAUCGGCUGCCGCAGCCAUUUGCAAUGUCCGUCAAAAUGAGGAUUCUAUCGGAUAUCAGGAAAACAGUCGAGCUGUGUCGCAGCCUGGAUGCGACCGGAGUCUCGUUUUUGACCGUUCACGGCAGAACGCCGAAGCAACGCUGUGAACCGGUCGACCUGAAUGCAUUGGCACAAAUCCAGUCGGCAACUAGUUGCCCGAUAGUUGCCAACGGAGAUGUGCGCUCACUGGACGAUGCUGUCGCUUUACACCAAGCAACUGGUUGCAAAGGCACAAUGAGCGCCCGAGGACUUCUACAGAACCCAGCCCUUUUCCAGGGCCAUUCCAGGACGCCUCUUGCCUGUGUCCAGGACUGGAUAAAACUCUGCCUGGAAUCCGAAGCGUCCUUCCAGUGUUUCCAUCACCAUCUCGUUUUUAUGCUGGAGAAAGUGCUUCCAAAACACGAGCGCCACGCAUUCAACGUAAUGCGCUCCAUGCCUGAAGUUCUCGACUUCAUCAGUCAGUAUUUCGAUAUCAGCAUUCCGGAACGAUCGAGAAUCGAGAAUUUCAGUACAAACAUCAUUUACAAAGACACUAGUGUGAGGGAUGGCAGCUAUUUCAGUAGUAAAUUGUUGCAAACUAAUGAUAAGUUCGAGGAUUAUUUGGAUUCGUGUAAUUUGUUUGAUGAGUAGUAAAUUUAUUUCCAAUUUC